AUGUCAAGUUUCGCGCGGCCCGUUUGUUCGUCGAUUGGGGAGAUUGAUUUCGGAGUGCUCUCCGAUGAGGAGAUUAAAACAAUUUCUAUUAAGCGGAUCUACAACACUCCUGCUCUCGAUUCACUGAAUAAUCCUGUACCUGGAGGGUUGUAUGACCCAGCUCUUGGAGCAUGGGGAGACCAUGUAUGUACAACAUGCCGACUUAAUUCAUGGUCCUGCAAUGGCCAUUCCGGACAUAUAGAACUCCCUGUUCAUGUCUACAACGUUACUUUCUUUGAUCAACUCUUUCGCCUUCUUAGAGCUCAAUGUGUCUAUUGCCAUCGGUUUCGGAUGUCUAGAGUUGAUAUCAAGUCUUAUGCUUGCAAAAUGCGACUUCUACAAUAUGGCUUGAUUGAGGAAGCUGCGGCUAUUGAUGGCAUGGGGUCUCGAAGUAAAGGCAACCCCGUAUCGGGAUCAGAAGAUAGCGAGGACGAAGACGAGGAGGAUUUUAUCAGACGUCAGGAUGCAUAUGUUAAACGGUGUAUCUACAACGUGAAAAUGAGAAACAAAGAUCAGAACUUUUUGUAUGGCGUGAAGAAUCCCGUUGCUAUAGAACGGCGGAGGGAUAUUGUGAGAGCGUUUCUUAAGGAUAUCACAGCUGUCAAGAAAUGUGCUUCCUGCAGCGGCAUUUCGCCUCCGUUUCGCAGAGACAAGUACUCGAAGAUAUUUAAAAUGCCAUUGCCACAGAAGGCCAAAAUUGCUAUGACCGAAGCCGGAUUUCAUAUCCCUAAUCCGUUAUUGCUCAUGAAGGAAGCAAAUGACCUGUCCAAAAAGCACGGCAAUUCUUACAUGAAUGGUUUCCCAGAUGAUGAUAAUGCCAGCGUUUCUACCGAUUCUCAUGGUGCAGAACAGCAGAUCACUAUGGGCAAUGCUGUGUUGGCACAGGUUGAAGAGAGGGGAUCUCGAAACAAGCCUAGUGACCAGGGUGCGCAGCAAUUCAUGCCAUCCCCAGAAGUGUAUGCAUCGCUGCGACUUCUUUUUGAAAGGGAACAAGAAGUUUUAAAUCUGGUUUACGACUCACGCCCUAGAUCAAAGCAUCGCCCACGCGUCAGUCCGGAUCUAUUCUUCAUCAAGACCAUUCUUGUGCCACCAAACAAAUAUCGACCAAUAGCGGCUAGUGGAUCGAGCGACAUCAUCGAGGCGCAACAGAACACUUCAUUCACUAGGAUUCUCAAACUCUGCGACCAAAUAAAUCAAAUCAGCAGAGAACGACAGGGUGAUAGCACUGAGUCAUCUACCAGACUACGAGAUUACAGGGAUCUCCUUCAGACAAUUGUACAGCUCCAGGAUGCGGUAAACAGCCUCAUAGAUCGCGAUAAAAAUCCGAACCAAGGCGCCGCGGCCAUGCAAAAUGAGGACGGUAUCAAGCAGAGGUUAGAAAAAAAGGAUGGAUUGUUUCGAAAAAACAUGAUGGGAAAACGAGUCAACUUUGCUGCAAGAAGCGUUAUAUCUCCCGACCCUAAUAUUGAAACAAAUGAAAUCGGAGUUCCUCUUGUUUUUGCGAAGAAACUCACCUAUCCGGAACCUGUUACAAACCAUAAUUAUAGGGAACUCAAACAAGCUGUAAUAAAUGGACCUGACAUAUACCCUGGCGCUGCUGCUGUUGAGAACGAGAUCGGUCAGGUAGUGAGUCUGAAAUUUAAAGGUGUUGAUGAACGAAUAGCCAUCGCAAAUAUGUUGCUCUCUCCGUCAAACUUCAAGAUAAAACGAUCAAGAAACAAAAAGGUCUAUCGGCAUUUGACCACUGGUGAUAUUGUUCUUAUGAAUCGGCAACCAACCCUCCACAAACCUUCUAUAAUGGGCCAUCGUGCUCGAGUACUUACCGGUGAGAGAACAAUCAGGAUGCAUUAUGCAAACUGUAAUACCUAUAACGCGGAUUUCGACGGUGACGAGAUGAACUUGCACUUCCCCCAGAAUGAAAUCGCAAGAGCGGAGGCGAUGCAACUAGCCGAUACUGAUCAUCAAUACCUGUCAGCUACCUCUGGAAAACCACUUAGAGGUUUGAUCCAGGAUCAUAUUUCAAUGGGAGUAUGGUUUACAAGUCGCGAUACAUUUUUUGAUAAAGAAGACUACCAUCAACUCUUAUACAGUUGCUUGCGACCUGAGAACUCCCACACCGUUAUAGAAAAGAUUGUGCUUAUGGAACCGGCAAUUCAACGACCACAGAAGCUUUGGACCGGAAAGCAAAUCAUUUCCACGAUCAUGCUGAAUAUUACACCAAUAAAAUUCCACGGUUUGAAUCUGACGGGGAAAUCUUCCACUCGAGGAGAUUGCUGGGGAAAGGGUUCAGAGGAAGGGCAAGUUAUUUUUCAAGAUGGCGAGCUUCUCUGUGGUAUCCUCGACAAGGCUCAACUUGGUCCAAGCCCAAGCGGCCUCAUCCAUUCCGUUCACGAACUUUAUGGGCACGUUGUUGCCGGCAAAUUGAUAGGUAUCAUAGGUCGUUUAUUGACGAAAUUUUUACACAUGCGAGCUUUCACCUGCGGUAUGGAUGAUCUUCGCCUAACCAAGAAAGGAGACGAGGAUCGGAAAAUGAUACUGCAAGAAGCCGAAAGCUUAGGUCGUCAAAUUGCAUUGAAAUAUGUUACUCUGGAUAUAAAUCCAGUCGAUGAUGAAGAGGCCGAACUUAAACGACGCCUGGAAGAUGCGCUCCGUGAUGAUGAGAAGCAAGCUGGAUUAGACGCUGUUUGCAGCUCACAAGCGGCCACUGUCUCUUCUGAAAUUUCUGCUGCUUGCCUUCCGCUUGGGCUUGAGAAGCCGUUCCCGUGGAACCAAAUGCAAGCCAUGACAACAUCUGGAGCUAAGGGAACAGUGGUCAAUGCAAAUCUAAUUUCUUGCAAUUUAGGCCAGCAGAUUCUCGAAGGCCGCAGGGUGCCUGUGAUGAUCAGCGGGAAAACUUUGCCAUCUUUCAAACCGUUUGAGACUAGUCUCAUGGCUGGAGGUUAUAUUUCUGGUCGCUUCCUGACAGGAAUAAAACCCCAGGAGUAUUAUUUCCACGCCAUGGCUGGUAGAGAAGGUCUUAUCGAUACUGCUGUUAAGACAUCAAGGUCCGGAUAUCUCCAGCGGUGCUUGAUUAAGGGAAUGGAAGGAUUGAAGGCAGAAUACGACAACUCUGUACGCGAAACCUCAGAUGGAUCGGUUAUCCAGUUUCUUUACGGCGAAGAUGGUCUUGAAAUUACCAAGCAGAAACAUCUGCAGGAUUUCUCUUUUUUGGCUCAGAACUAUUGGACUGUCCUCGAAGAGCUCAAUGGUUCUGACGAGUUCACUAGAAUCGGUAGUGAUGCUGCAGCAGAAUGGAAUCGAAAUGCCAUCAAAAAAUUUAGAAAGACUCGCAAAUUGGACUGUAUAGACCCUGCACUGUCCAUCUUCGUUCCUGGAUCUUGCUACGGCAGUACCUCAGAAACCUUCGCGAUGGCGUUGAGAAAGUAUCAAAAAGAAAACCCCGAUAAGCAACUGAGGGAGAAGGGUAAGGUUGAGGAUGGGAUUUCCAAAGGUAGUUUCGCCAAAGUGAUGAAUAUGAAAUAUAUGAGAUCGGUCGUGGAACCGGGUGAAUCCGUUGGCAUUGUUGCUGGACAGUCUAUUGGUGAGCCGUCUACCCAGAUGACGCUCAACACUUUCCAUCUGGCCGGGCACUCGACGAAAAAUGUGACACUUGGUAUUCCCCGGCUACGUGAAAUUGUUAUGACAGCGAGUAGUCAAAUCCUUACACCAACAAUGACUGCUAUCUUUCAUCGGAGUCUUUCGGAACGGGAUGGAAGAAUGUUCGCCAAAGGGAUCAGCAGGCUGUCUCUUGCGGAAGUUGUUGACUCUCUCAGAGUCCAUGAGCGUAUCUCGUCUGGAUCAGGACGUGCGAAGGCAAAGAUCUAUGACUUGGAAAUAGAUUUUUUUCCUCCUGAAGAGUACACUGAAGAAUAUGCCAUCCAAAUUGAAGACAUUCUUAAGACACUUCAGAAUACUUUUGUGCCCCGUCUUGUUAAAUUAACACGGGCAGAGUUGAAGAGACGGACAGCUGAAAAAUCUCUAUCAACCUUCUCUGCUGCUCAACCUGACAUCGGUGUCUCCGCUAGAGUUAUGGAAGAGCCUACGAGACGGUUUGGGCGUGAAGCCAGAGACGCUGACGCAGAUACUAAUGACGACGAUGAUGCGGAGGACCAAGACGAUGCGAAAAGGGCUAUGGCACACAUGAAUCGUUCGAAUCAAGUUUCUUACGAAGCCCCCGACGAAGGAGAGGAAGACAUUAUCCGUGGACAGGAUUCCCAGGAGUUGGAUUCUGAUGAGGAGACCGACGGGGACCGCCAGGGUGCUGCAGCUGCCCGGGAGGAUGUCGACAUGGAAGACGCAGAUGGCGACUCCGACUUAGAAAAGAUUCAAAAAAGCAAAAAGAGCGAGGACACUGUCAUCAGCAAGUAUUCUGAAGUUACCAAGUUCAAAUUCAGCCUAAAGAAUGGUAAAUCCUGCCACAUUCAGCUACAGUACGAUAUCUCAAUACCCAAGCUUCUGCUCCUUCCACUCGUCGAAGGCGCUGCCAGAGCUUCUUUGAUUCAGAACAUCCCCAGGCUUGGGAUCUGUACUUACGUCGAGACCGACAAAGAUAAUCCAGCCCACGUCAUCACCGACGGCGUCAAUUUGUUAGCCAUGCGAGAGUACCAACAUAUUGUCAACCCUCACACUCUAUACACCAAUUCAAUCGCCGACAUGCUAGUCUGGUACGGAGUCGAGGCUGCACGUGCAUCUAUCAUUCGUGAAAUGGCUACAGUUUUCAACAGCCAUAGUAUCUCAGUCGAUAACCGGCAUUUGAAUCUUAUUGGUGAUGUUAUGACUCACGCUGGUGGCUUCCGCGCAUUUAACCGCAUGGGACUGGUCAAGGAUAACACCUCGCCGUUGAUGAAGAUGAGUUUCGAAACUACUGUUGGAUUUUUGAGAGAUGCGGUGCUUGAGAGGGAUUGGGAUAACCUCAAUGGCCCCAGUGGUAGGAUUGUCAUGGGACGUGUUGGAACUGUUGGCACUGGUGCCUUUGAUGUACUUGCCCCUGUUGGCUGA